UUCACAGCCUUUGGAACCAUGUUCUGCCUUCAAAAAGAUUCCCAGAGACUAGAGCGAGCUCGCCAGUUUAUAGCCAGAAGACUACCGUCAGAAAAACACCAAUAGCGAUCUCACUAGUUUCAAGUCAGUAGAGUAGAGGUACAGACCAGGGAGAAGCUUUUGGCUCUAGCUGGAGCCGCUCUUCAGUUGAUCGUCAUUGUUGGCCUUGGUGGAUGGUCCUGUGGUUUGUGCUUUAGAGUACAGGGUGUGACUUUGGGAAUAACAUGGCGGCGGCGUUGCUGCAAGAGGACGACUUUCCGGAUGUGUCGGAGCCGCUUGUGAACAGUGAAGUUUUAGAGGAUUCGGGAACAGACUCGGCCGGAAUCAGCGCCCUGGGGUCUUUGAAAAGCCGCCGUCUGUACAGCAGACGGUGGUACAUCCUGGCACUGUACUCCGUCCUGGCUGGCACGCAGGGGUCCCUGUGGAACACCUGGGGACCGAUCUCCGACUCCGCCAAGUUCGUGUUCGGCUGGAGGAACUCCGACAUCGCCCUGCUGACCAACUGGGGACCGAUCGCCUACAUGGUGCUGGCUGUGCCGUUCUCGUGGCUCAUGGACGUCAAAGGGUUACGCCUGACGGUGAUUCUGGCGGGAUUCUGUGUGUUUGCCGGAGCGGGAAUCAGAUGUCUCACAGCCUUCAGUCUGCAGGCCGGGACCUGGUUAAUGAAUAUCGGUCAGCUGCUGAACGGCGCUGCCGGUCCCGUUGCCAUGGCAGCACCGCCUGCACUAUCCGCUGCCUGGUUUCCCCACGAACAGCGCACCACGGCGACUGCCAUUGGUAUUACAGUUGGGGCCAUCCUGGGGGCAGGCAGCUUCCUGAUUGGACCGCUUAUUGUGACGCAAAAGCCAGACAACGUGACUCAUCAUCACAACAUGACCGGCACCUGGGAUGAGCAAAUGUGGAUGUCCCAGGGGAACAGAACAACAGACUUUUCAACAGCGAAGAGUCAGAUAAUGCUACUGAUGUAUGUGGAGUUCGCCUGGACUGCUCUGAUAUUCCUGCUGAUUCUAGCCUACUUCCCUGACAAGCCCCCCUCCCCACCGACCAUUUCUGCCUCCAAAGAUCGCCUGGCCUUCGGGUCAGGGGUCAAACAACUCCUCAGGAACGGGCGGUUCUGGCUGGUGUGCGUGUCCUAUGGAAUACUGAACGGCACCCUCAGCAGCUAUGGCGGCCUGCUGGACGUUAACCUGUCCCCUCAUAACAUCACACAGGUUGAGGCGGGUUGGGUCGGGUUCUAUGGCAGCAUUGCAGGAGGCGUCUCUGGAAUAUUCGUGGGGAGAUUUUCAGAUAUGCUGGGAGGACAUUUCAAACUCACCAUUCUAGUCAUGACUGUCGGGUACAUCGGCAGCCUCCUGUGGCUCAUCUUAAUGCUGUACCACAAUAUUGUCCCAUUUAACACAGCGAGCAUGUACGCGUCGUUCCUGCUGCUCCAAGUAUGCGCGCUGGGAAGCGAACCGCUGUUCUUCGAGCUGGGCGUGGAGUCCACCUACCCGACAGCGGAGGGCGUCACCACCUGCGUGUUGACAUGGGUCAACAACUUCUUCGGGCUGCUGCUGCUACUCGUCAUGAUGAUACCGCGAAUAGGUACGGACUGGAUGGGCUGGGCGACCCUGGGUUCCGGGGCUGCCGUCAUCCCGCUGAUGCUGCUGUUCCGGGAGAGGUAUGGGAGAUUGGCGGUGGACACGGGGAAACGGAAGUGACACGGAAGCUGUACGGAUCAGAAAAUCUACUGCAAUCAUGAACUGUGAUGGGGGCAUAACGUUUUGGACCGCAUAUCACGUUUGGGGCUGCAUUCUUUUUACACUGCAGCAACAACAUCUAGCUGCAGUACAAAGUAGAACCAGUCAGUAUUGCCCAGAGGAAGGUGGUACGAUAGACUGGCGGUGGACGCGGACAGAGGAAGGUGAUGCAGUUUUAGAAAACCACUCUGCGGCACAGGGUAACCAAUUCCACCGUAAGAUGUCAACUGUAUCUCUGUGUAACGUUUGGGACCAUAUUCGUUCCACUGCAGCAACGGUAUAGCAAGAGUCAGCUGAUUCCUGCAAUGUUGAUGACCAGUCACAUUACUUUAUAGGAAUAAAGACUUGAAG